AGAACUAAAACAGAAGGUAAUUUAACCGCAGAGCAGAACAGAAGAGCGACUGGAGCAAAACACUUGAAGUGUGACAGCGAGGAAGGAGGAACAGCUCGAAAGAGGAGGUUCACAUUCACACGACCACUUAGUUCUGCAUUACAUGUUGCAACAGAGUGUGAAGGCAGGAAACAGAGAUGACACAUUCAACGUUUCUCUGCAUCACCGACACCACAGACAGAGAGAGAGAGAGGAGAGGAAAGAAAAGAGGAGGUGAACCACGGCAGGAGGACAGAAGAGGGUGAAACGACGACGGGAGAGAAAGAAGACAAAACGAAAGGAGGUGAAUGGAGAUCAGUGGAGGACAAAAAGAACAAGCUUAGGAAAGGAAGAAAGAAAAAGAGUCAAAAACUAAACAGAAAGGAGGUGAAGAGGAGCAAAGUCAAAGCAAGCAGAGGGGAAAAGGAGGAGUAAAAAAAGAAGAGGAGCAAAAAAGAAGAUAGAAGAGGAGGAAAGAGGAGUGAGACUUUAAGCAGAAGAGGAAGCACAAAGUCAGAGAGGAGGGUGAGGGGAGGAGGCGAGGGAAUCGAGGAGGAAAUAUAAGGAGGUAAGAUAAGGGAGGAAAGGAGGAGACACCAGAGGAGGAGGGGGAAGACAUCGAGGCGAGGAAAGGAGGAGGACCUCCAGUGUUGUCAUGGAGGAGGACAUCAGGAAACAGGGGAUGCUCUACCUGCAGCAGCAGAGGUUUGGAAAGAAGUGGAAGCGCGUGUGGUGCGUCCUGUACCGAGAAAGUUCCUGCUCCAUUUCCAGACUGGAGUUCUUUGAGUGUAAAGAUGGAGGAAGUGUGGAGAAGAGCGACAGAAGUCUGCGCAAACAGCAAGAGCACAAGAAGGUGAUCCGUCUGGCGGAUUGUAUCCGAGUGUCGGAGGUGGAGAUGGACGGCUGUCCCAGAGACACAGGACCCUUCCUGAUCGAGACCACAGAGAAGACCUACGUGUUUGCUGGAGACAGACAACAGCUGGACGACUGGACACACAAACUGUGUGAGAUCGCCUUCCCUAUGAGCUGGACGGAGCACAGCGUGAAGAGACGCAGCCUGCAGAGAGGAAGCAGAGUGGACCAGGAGGAAGGAAUGGAGGACAACUCCCUGUACAGCGGCAGAGAGACAGUGCGUGACUUCAGAGUGUGUGUCCGGAGGACCGAGGCGUCCGAUCGCUGCAGACUGAAAGGAGACGGCGUCCUGCGCGCGGACGUCGACGCCCUCCACCUGAUCGAUAAGACGGGAGACGUUUUGUUCACCUGGCCGUACAGAUACCUGCGGCGCUUUGGACGAGACAAGUCCACCUUCUCCUUCGAGGCCGGGCGGCGGUGUGACUCCGGUGAGGGGAGUUUUGAAUUUGAUACCAAACAGGGGAACUUCCUGUUUCAGGCCGUGGAAGCUGCCAUCAACCUGCAGCGGAUCUCCCUCCCCCACAGGCAGAUCUCUGGAGGCCAGGCGAGUCCUGAGACGCCCCCGGACCUGAACCUGCCACCCCUGCCUCUGAUCCAGAACAGGAUGCCGCCACUGCCUCAGCCACGCAGCCAUAUCCCACAACCCCCUGCUGCUCAGGCGGCUGACGAUGUGUACAGCAUGGUGACUGAAACUGCAAAUGUUCAGACAAUUCCUGUCAAAGACAAAGAGAGCGCAGCCGCUUUACAACAUCAACAGCAACAACAACAUCGCCCCCUGCUGUCUCGUCUAGAGCCUCCGGUCGACAAAACGCUGACCGGUGUGAAGAGUCUGACUCUGGACACACGUGGAGUCCCUGCCCCCCGUAAGAACCAGGUCAAGACGAUCUCCAGCUGCCCUCUACCUCACGCUGGCCCCGAAUCAGGCCCCAACCCGGCCCCGGGCCCCAGCUCCGCCUCCAACCCCAACCCCCACCUCAGCCCCAAACUGAGCUCCAACCCUAACCCGGACGAGACGUACUCCCAGAUCACCCUGCCGGCCGCCAAGAGAGGCGGCGUGGUUCCCCCCUGCGCCCCCCCUGUCAUACCCCAGGAUCCAGAGUACUCCCUCCCCUUCGACACCAUCGCCAUGAACGUCAUGACCAACAUCCUGAGCUCCCAUCAGACUGAGAGAGCUGAGUGUGGCUCCGACCCGCUCUACGACAGCAUCGACGAGAUGAAGAUCAGGAACAUCUUCCCAAGCAAUGCCAACGCGGUCGGGCCAACUUAUGGGAAGGUGGAACACAUCUACGACGAGCCCGAAGGCUGUGCCGCCGCCGCCGCUGCUCAGAAACCUCCCCCAUCCUUGUACGACGACCCCGAGGAGAUGAGAGGAGACGCGUGGAGGAUUAUGGGUACAGCUGCUGACCCUAAAGGUCACGAGUACCCGUACAACCCGCGGGUGGACGACUACGCCGUGCCCAAACGACCCCAGAGGGUGUUUCCCGUUGCACAGAGCACCAACGAAGAAGAAGCCAGAGAGGAGGAGUCACAGGAGAAGGAGGAGGAGCAGAGGGAGGAGCAGCAGGAUUCACCGUACAACAACGUGAUGGUGAAGAUGAUGUAGAGACAGAAAGCAGACUCACGUUCAGUCGUCUGCGAGCAUUAAUGUGAUUCAGAUCAAUCAGUCCGGUUUGAUAUUUAAAUAAUUAUCACUGAUCAGUGUUUCCUGAGCUCAUCUGAAGCUCCGAGUGUCUUUGCUAACAAAUGCUCUUUGAAAUCAGAACAUCAUUAAAACACGUCACCUUUUCUUUUCCACAGCAUCGGUUUGAUCUUUGUCUUCAGUUCGUCGCUGAGAUACUUUAUGAGCACCAGCCACAUGUACUCAGAUGUCAGUGUCUUUAAACGCAUCAUAAUCUAUUUAUAUCUUUAGAAGAUGUUGUUUGAUUUGAGAAGACAUUAGCUCUUGGUGUGAUUUGAUGAAUCUGAUCUCAGUUCAGUUUCAAACAUCAGAAAAUGUUUCUGUCCAGCAGAGGGCAGCAGAGCUCGCAACAUCGAUUGUUAAUGUGCAGAUCAGCCAAUUAGCAGAGACCGAAUACUUCAUCACAACAUUAUCACCUGAGUCAGAACUGUGAACAUCAUCAUCAUCAUCCUCUUCAUCAGACUGCAAACUGAACUUUGGUCUUUGAAUGAAUUUGUUUUGUCUAUUUGUAGUUUGAGGCUCAAACUUUAACGUUUAACAAUAAAUUAAAUAUUCUUUAAAUUAAACCUGAAACAUGUGAACUCA